AAAAAAUAUAUCGAGACUAAUGAUCAUAUUUUUAAUUGGACUUAAAUUUUCAAGUCUGUUUAAGUUUGAAUUUAUAUGGUCAAAACUAGCUUGGUCUAUAUGUAUGUUAGAUGUUGUAUGCAUUUUACACCUAUCAAAGUCAGAUCUAGUUUAAUUUAUUCAGUUUAAAUUUGAUCUGGUUGGUGUAUUAUGAUAACAGACAGAAAUUGGUCCGUCCUUUUGUGAUACUCCACUACAGAGCACAUAUAUAUAACUAUAUAAGUAUAUAUCCAUCUAUAUUUCUCAGACGGUCUGCAUGAUAAUUUGAUGAGAUCAUCAGAUAUUAAUUAUUUAAUUUCCUAGUUGAAGAAUAUAAUAUAAGUUUCUACACAUAAUCUCGCAUCUGAUAGUAUAAUAAUCUUCACAAAUACUUUGGAGUAAUAUAAUAUGGCGUCCAGGAGAAUUUUGAAGGAGCUUAGAGACCUGCAGCGAGACCCUCCAACAUCGUGCAGUGCAGGCCCUGUUGCACAAGACAUAUUUAAUUGGCAAGCAACCAUAAUUGGUCCAAAUGACAGUCCUUUUGCUGGAGGUGUUUUCCAAGUCAGCAUCAAUUUCCCCCAAGAUUACCCUUUUAAACCUCCCAAGGUAUCCUUCAGGACCAAAGUUCUUCAUCCAAAUAUAAACAGCAAUGGGAACAUCUGCUUGGAUAUCCUCAAGGAUCAAUGGAGUCCAGCACUGACCAUAUCCAAGGUUUUGCUAUCCAUAUGUUCAAUGCUAACAGACCCUAAUCCAGAUGAUCCCCUGGUUCCAGAAAUAGCUCACAUGUACAAGACUGACAGGUCCAAGUAUGAAGCCAUGGCUCGAAGUUGGACCAACAAAUAUGCCAUGUAUUGAUCUGAUGAUCGAUUAGGUGCCUUCUUUUAGGCCUUGCUUGGUUUGUGCUAUCGUUGUUUUGUUCAUCAAUUUAAAUAAACUUCUUGGUUGUUUAUGCCCAAUGUUCAAUAAUGGCUAUGUAUAGUAUGAACCAAAGCUCGAAUUUCUUGUGAAAAGUUACGUUAUAGGGAGAUCUCCCAAAAUAAGACUAAAUAAGGUUUGGAAUUCCAAAAUAUGACAGUUAUUUUUCUUGACGAAAUAUGAGUAAGAUGACAUUAUUUAUUGUCAUCCAGUCGUGAUUGUCAAGUAAUUG